GAGAAUAAGGCAAAGGCGUUUCUAUUCUCGUGUCAACUGACUUGGAAAUUCUUCUGCUCCGUUACAGGUUAAGAUGAACAAUCCACAAUAUAGCGUGUAUACUGGUCCAAUAAUUUCUGGGCAUCAAUUCGAUAAGAAGCUAGUAUGCGUCAAGUAUCCAGGAAAUGUAAUUAAUGUUGAUAAAGCUGUCGAAACAUUGGGUGGCAUUAGCUCUAUUUCUACGGCUAUAGAUGCUCCCAAUAGGAGACUAGAAUUACGAUUUAGACCCGACGAUGGUUAUAGUAAACCUACCUGUGGAGAUAGACAUAGUACAACUGGCUUCUUACUCAGAAUUAGGAUAAAGAAGAAUAAACAAGCCAAAGAAGAUGCUACUGUAAAUUCACAAUGUGUAAGUACCACUGACUUGGGAGCACUUCGUAUUGCUCAUGACAAAACUAAUGCACCUUGUUAUCAGCAUCUCUUGAAAGAUGGACAUACUGAUAAUCUAAUGUGGAGUAUCGCAGUAAGAAAGGACAACCGCCAAAGUAAUACUGUUAGUGAUUUAUUGGUGAAACAAGAUUCAGAUAUUAAUUCUGUACAUUCCAAUAACGAGGACGUUGCAAAAAAAAGUAUAAAUGCCAUUACUAAUACUAUAGAUUUGCACCAUACAUGUGUAAAUACAGACAAAGAUUCAUCAAAAAGAAAGAAGGACGUAUUGUCUGCAUCGUUUGAUUAUGAUAAAUAUGAAAAUUUAUCCCAAGACACGGAUUACGACUUGCCACAUUUAAAAGUACUCGGAAGAGUCGAUAUCGAAUUCAAAUUUACCAAUUUGUGCGAUUUUCAAUAUGUACCAAUGACACAAAGCAGGUCAGACCCGAACAAGUUGGAAUGUAUAUACAGCUCGAUUUAUCCGACAGGAAUUCCAGCUUUUUCCUGGUUACAAAAUGACGUACCUUAUUUUCUACCACCAGCUGCAUUCAGUAGAAUGGACACUAUACAGCAAUACGUGCCAAAAAGUGAAACGGAUUCCGGUCUAGAAAAUAUAAUUGGUAAAAAUAAAAAAUGUCAAGCGGGUUUUCCCAAUUAUAUAUACUUUUCUACACCGAAAGUACCCACAUCGGCCCCGAGAGGUAUUGAAAAUGCAAUGAGGGUCAAAUUCCUCCAGAAUGCACACUUGGAACAAGUACGUCAACUUUUCGAGGAGCGGCCGAUCUGGUCGAAAAAUGCUAUCAUGCACAAAACACAAUUUACGUCUGAACAAUUAAAGAUAUUACUACCAUCAGUAGCGUAUUAUUUUAUGACCGGACCAUGGAGAAUCAUGUGGGUGAAACUAGGUUACGACCCAAGACAGGACAUUAAUGCGAGAAAGUAUCAAACAUUAGAUUAUAGGUUGAAAGCUAUGCAUGGAUUAGGUUCAACCGUGAAGUGCAAGAGAAAUUAUUCAACUUAUACGUUACCGUAUAAAUCAGCGCCGGUUUCUAAGCAAAAACCCGCGAUAUUGACUACUACCUUGAGCCAAGAGCAAAAUCCAAAGAAAGAGAGGCAUUUACAUGAAAAUGUUUACAUAUACCGGGAAGGUAUGGUACCUCCUUCUCGGCAAAUGUUUUAUCAGUAUUGCGACGUCGCAGUGGCAGAGAUACAACAGAUGUUGGCGAAACUCCCCGAUCCUUUGCCUGGUAUAAGAUGUCACGAGAAGAGAGGGUGGCUACCAACUGGCUUCGAUGUACAGUGCAGAGAGAUAAUAAACAAACAAGUACGCGCUGUUCUGAGAAAGAGAAUGAACAUUCCUGAAGAUCAUCCAACAUCGCUUCCACGAAAACAAAGGCGUAGUACUAAUAUUAGGUUAAGAGUAAAUAAAACGGUUGAUAAAAGAAUAAAAAAGGAGAAGGGGAAUUGCACAGAAACUCGAUCAAGUAUUGCCUCAACUUGAGAGAUGACGGAUAAACGGAUGGAGAGAUUGCGUUGCAGUCUAACUUGAGAAAAAAAAAUAAAUAUACGAAA